GCGCUGUAAUGGCUGUACAGUUCAACCCUGUUUUUGCAUCGGCGAACCGGGAACUCCAGGAUAUCCAGGAAUACCUGGUUUACAAGGAUCUCAAGGAAUACCUGGACCAAUAGGACAAGAAGGUCCGCCCGGUCCUAUUGGUCUUAGAGGUGAUGAGGGAGACUUCGGGCAAAUUGGACCAAAAGGGAUUGCCGGGACUGGAGGGAGAGUUAGGCGAACGAGGAUUUGAUGGAUGCAAUGGUUACCCGGGACAGGCAGGCAGAACUGGGAAUCCGGGAGAUGAAGGACCAAAAGGAGAACCCGGAAUGGGAGGAAUCAAUUCGGUUGGAAUUAAAGGAGAGCCCGGUUUGGAUGGGAUUUCGGGAAUCAGAGGUCUUCCAGGGUCUGCGGGAUAUCCGGGGGAUAAGGGUGGCCCUGGGUUUAUGGGCAGUCAGGGCCACAAAGGUGAUAUGGGAGAUUUAGGACCUCAAGGACCAGGAGAGUAUGUUAAGCCACCCGAUGUCACUCUAGAACCAGGAGUUCCGGGGAUUAAAGGAGAAAAAGGCAUGAUAGGAGACAAAGGCCAGAGAGGGCUCAUCGGUAAUAAAGGGCAAGAAGGAAUGAAGGGAAUGCCGGGCCCUCGAGCUCUAAAGGGAGACAUAGGAGAGGAUGGCCCUCGAGGUAAAAGAGGGAAACCCGGGUCUAGCGGGGAGUCGGGUGGUAAGGGACAGAAGGGUGAGCCUGGGUUUGAUGGCGACAAUGGAAGAAGUGGAGCCAAGGGUCUUCACGGUGAUGGUGGUCUUCCAGGUCGACCCGGUCCGCAAGGAGGACAGGGACCUAAGGGUGAACUCAUAGAGACAGGAAAGCCGAUAAUAGGUCCGCCAGGAAUGCAGGGACAUCCGGGAGAUGUGGGCCCUCCAGGAAUUUUUGGCAAACCAGGUGCUCCGGGACCAACUGGUUAUCAGGGGUUGGUUGGACAACCCGGACCACCAGGAUAUGAGGGGGAACCCGGGCCCCCAGGGUUUUCAUUUAAAGGAGAUUCAGGAGACAACGGAUUUCCUGGAAUUCCUGGUUAUAGGGGUCGACCGGGAACACCCGGACGUCAAAUGUUAUGGGCCCUCCUGGAGAGUCCGGUCGACCAGGAUUUGAUGGUAUGCCAGGUUUGCCAGGCGUUUGGGGAGAAGCGGGGUUUCCAGGUGAAAAGGGUUAUCCUGGACAUGGAGUUCCCAGACAAGGACAUCAAGGUUCUCCUGGUUUACCGGGGUAUCCUGGAGAUCCAGGAAUUCCUGGUGGCGAUGGACCUGAUGGAAUACCCGGUGUUCCAGGCCCUCGAGGGGACGACUGUCCCCGGUGUUCACCAGGGAGAAACGGUGCUGUGGGUGAUAAGGGAGAUGAUGGCAGACCAGAAAUUGGAUAUUCGGGUCGGAAAGGCGACAGAGGACAUCCCGGUCUUCAUGGUCUCAAAGGCUUUCAUGGUUUGCCUGGUGUUGAUGGGGAACAGGGAGAUAUGGGAGAUCCUGGAUAUCCAGGACAACCUGGACGACCAGGGCACCAAGGUAUUCCUGGCACCAGAGGUCCGCGAGGAGAUGAAGGGUUGGCCGCACCGCCCGGUCUGCCAGGAAAUGACGGUCAACCCGGUUAUCCAGGACAAAAAGGAGAACCAGGAAGACAUGGCUAUUCAAGUCCAGGAGAGGCAGGAUUUAAGGGGCAUCCUGGAAGUCCUGGUGACCCGGGAAACAGAGGACCUUCUGGUCUACCCGGUCGUAGAGGAGAUGACGGUUUGCCCGGAUAUCCCGGGAAUAAAGGAGAAGUUGGUGACUCUGGUUAUGACGGAUACAGUGGACCUCCAGGGCCACCAGGAAUCCCGGGUUCUAAAGGUCACCAUGGAGAUAGCGGUCCUUCCGGCGCACCGGGAUAUACGGGAAUGGAUGGCGCAACAGGAGAUAAGGGUGAACAUGGAGAAGCGGGUGAGGGUACAAGAGGUCCACCUGGAAAACCUGGUGUUUAUGGAUAUCAAGGUCUUAGAGGAGACAGAGGAGAACCCGGAGAUGGAGGUCCUCCCGGACUCUACGGACUGA